GUUUGCUCAACCAGCAGGGGGCAGUAAAGACAACAACGGGUCGCAAAGUUGCCACUGAGGGUAAAAGAAGAAGAUGGACAUUAGCCAAAGAAAAGAGAAACGAGCAUGGCCGGGAGCGGCAGUAGCACCGUCCCUGCGAUAACUAGUUCUUUGUCGCAACUACAGGCGUUAAACGGAUUGUUUGCGAUAUAUAAAAAACAAGGGCCGACCUCCGCGGACGUGUUAAAUGUACUCAAGGAAGCUUUGCUCAAGGAGGCGGGAGUCAAAAAUCCAAACCCGCGGAAGAGGAAGAACCAGAGCCUGAAGAUGGGACACGGAGGGACGCUGGACAGCGCUGCCAGCGGGGUGCUGGUUGUUGGUGUUGGGAACGGCACCAAAAUGCUCAGCACAAUGUUGACUGGGUCAAAGAAAUACGUUGCCGUUGGAGAGUUUGGAAAAGCAACAGACACUCUUGAUGCCACCGGCAGCGUGACUCUGGAGAAAGGUUUUGAACACAUAACCAGGCUGGACGUCGAGGAUAAGCUGAAAGCUUUCACUGGUGACAUCAUGCAAGUGCCUCCGCUAUACUCGGCAUUAAAAAAGGAUGGCCAACGUCUGUCUGUCCUACUGAAGAAAGGUCACAAGGUCGAUGCCAAACCGGCCAGGCCCGUCACGGUGUACAGCCUGACCCUGCAGGAGUUCAAGCCUCCUCUCUUCACUCUGGAUAUUGAGUGUGGUGGUGGGUUCUAUGUCAGAAGUUUGGUGGAUGACCUGGGAAAAGCUCUGUCCUCUUGCGCUCAUGUGAAGGAGCUGGUCAGAACAAAGCAGGGUCCGUUCACUCUGGAGGAGCACGCCUUACACGAGGAGCAGUGGACGCUGGAACACGUCUUGCGCUCGCUGAAGACCUGCUCAGAGGGAGACCCGGAGGAGGACCAUCCGAAGCCAAAGAAGGUAGUCACCUGACCGGGACCAGGAUGCGGAGGGAAGAGGAAGGGGUUUCCUUUCAUGUAAAGACUGAUUUUUGGUUCAUACCCUUCAGUUUUAGUUAAAGUUUGAACAUCAUGACACCUUACAUUAAAAGUUGUAAAGCAAACAGUCAUAUAAUGAGAAACGUGAGCAAAGGAGACUCAGCAGGUUACCAUGUUGCUGGACCUGCACAGAUUUGUGCUGGAGCUGCGAGGGAACGGCGAGAUCAGUGUCUGUGGCACCGAACACUUGUGAAGUUUUUGUUGUAAGUUUAGGAUCUGAUUUGUUUUUAUCGGCUGCCUCGGUUUAGUUCACUGUUGUAAAAAUGUCUUUUACAAAGUCUUCCUUGAGUCCUGCUCAGUGCAGUGAUGCACAUGAUUAAGUAAAAAAGCCCCCUGAGCUC